CCACGGAUCUUGAAAAGAAUAUGAGCUGUUGAACAAGCUCCUCUAUUUAAGCACCUUCUCUUCCCUUUUUUCUACUUUCUUUAACAGCUCAAUCUCUCUUUUACUCCUCAAUUUCCAUAUCCCGACACAGAAAAAAAAAAAAAAACAGAAAAACCCCUCUUUUUUCAGUUCUUUCUGGUUUGUAAAUACGAAAAUAUCACCACAUAUUUGUAAUUAUUGUUCUCUAGCUAGGCUUGUUUUGGGGCUGGGGAUACUGGGUUUUGUUGUAUUCUUCAACCCUGCAAAAAUAUUUAUUUAUAAAUAGAUCAGGUUAAUCAAUACAUAUUACACACAAAUAGAUACAUACAUAUAAUAUAUCGAUGGAAGAGGGUUGCGUAGUUGAGAACAAAGGAUCAUCGGAAGAUCAUCAUCAUCAUCAUCGAGAGCUGAUCGAUUUACCUCCGGGUUUCCGAUUCCAUCCCACAGAUGAAGAAAUCAUAACGUGUUAUCUCACUGAGAAAGUCAUCAACAGCAACUUCUCCGCCAGUGCAAUUGGUGAAGCCGAUUUGAACAAGUGCGAGCCCUGGGACUUGCCCAAGAAAGCGAAGAUGGGAGAGAAGGAAUGGUACUUCUUCUGCCAGAGAGACCGGAAGUAUCCGACCGGGAUGAGAACGAACCGGGCGACGGAAUCCGGGUAUUGGAAAGCAACGGGAAAGGACAAAGAGAUUUACAAAGGAAAAGGUUGUCUUGUUGGGAUGAAGAAGACUCUUGUUUUCUAUAGAGGAAGAGCUCCAAAAGGAGAGAAGUCUAAUUGGGUCAUGCACGAAUACCGUCUAGAGGGCAAAUUCUCCUACUACAACCUUCCCAAGUCUGCAAAGGAUGAAUGGGUUGUGUGCAGGGUUUUCCACAAGAACAUGGGAAUCAACAACAACAAGAAAUUAGCCCCAAUUCCAGGCCUCCUCAGAAUCAACUCUCUCGGUGUCGACGACAUGUUGGACUGUUCCACCACCCUCCCUCCUCUCACCGACGAUCCUCCUUACAAUUCCACCGCCAACUACGGCGAAAACGACGCCGCCGACUUCAAGGGAUCUACGACAGCAAACUUCAACAAUAGUGCAUCUUCACAAGGAGCAUCUCAUAUUAUCAACUACUAUUCACUUAUUGCCCCAAAUAACAACAAGAGCGUUCUUCACCAUCAACAUCAAAUUAACCCAAUUCAUCAAAACCCCAUUUUGUACUCCCAAAUCAUCCCUAGCUCCUCCUACGACAAUUCUUCUUUUCAACGAAAUUCGAAUCCGGGUUAUUUUCAAAUAGGUAGUAGCAGCACCAUAACUGGGCAGUGCAAGGUUGAGCAAUUCUCGGUGUCUAACCAAUCCAUGGUCAGUCUCUCUCAAGACACAGGCCUCAGCACUGACAACAUGAACAACAAUACGACGGAGAUAUCGUCUGUCGUUUCGAAGCAUGACAUGGGAUCCAGCCACAACAGGUCAUCGUAUCAUGAUCAUCAAGACUUUGAAGGUCCGUCAUCAGUUGGUCCUAUUUCGGAUAUUGAAGCCUUUAUUUGGGAUGACUUGUGAAAGAAAUUUAACACGUUAUACACGUCUAGAUUAAGCUAGCUUCCGGAGCUGCUUAACAAAUUUGCUUCUUAUUAUUAUUUUUUUUUUCUUUAAUACUAAAUUUGGUUUCAUAGGAGGUGGUACGAUCGACAUGUUUUAUUCUUAGUUAAUAAUUAAGUUGCUUAUUUACUUCAUUUAUAUUAGAGUGACGGUAUAGUCAGAAAAUGUUUCUUGAUUGUUGUUGGAUAUAUAUACACAUAAAAUACUGUAUAGAUAGAUAUUCAUGUUGAUUUCCAGAGUUUUUUUUUUUUUCAUCAGAUGGAGUUUUUAUUUAU